UCUUGUAACUUCCACCAAUAGCAUUCUUGCUUGGUAAAAUAUGAAAAUGGCGGCUCUCUGUAGUGAGUUUGGGGACCUGGUGCAAAUCAAGAAACAGCUAAUAUCGGUGAUAUCGCUUUGUAAAGAAAGAGGACUUUUACACAGCUCUAAGUGGGCAUCUGAAUUGGCGUUUGCGUUGAGUCCUCUUCCCAAGGAUGAGUUACCGCCGUCCCCUCCUUUCACUGAGGACGACGCGCAAGACCUGGAUGCACUUACGGUGGCCAAAUCCUACUUUGACCUAAAAGAGUAUGACCGUGCUGCUUACUUUCUGAGAGGCUGCUGCAGUCGGAAGGCCUAUUUCCUCUAUAUGUAUUCUCGCUAUCUGUCAGGUGAGAAAAAGAAGGAUGAUGAGACUGUGGACAGCCUGGGUCCUCUGGAAAAGGGUCAGGUGCGCAACGAGGCCCUGCGAGAACUGCGAGUUGAGCUCAGCAAGAAGCACAAUGCUGGAGAGUUGGACGGUUUUACCUUGUACCUGUAUGGGGUGGUGCUACGGAAGCUUGAUCUGCUGAAGGAGUCGGUGGAGGUGUUUGUUGAGGCAAUUCAUGCACUGCCGCUUCACUGGGGCGCCUGGCUGGAGCUUAGUAACCUUGUCACCAACAUUGAAAUGCUGAAGUCCCUCUCGCUCCCAGACUGCUGGAUUAAGGACUUCUUCAUGGCCCACAUGUACACAGAGCUACAGAUGAUCAAAGAAGCAUUGCAGAAAUACCAGAACCUCAUUGAUGCCGGCUUUUCGAAGAGCACCUACAUCAUCUCACAGAUUGCCGUCGCCUACCACAACAUCAGAGAUAUUGACCAAGCUUUGGCUCUCUUCAACCAGUUGAGGGAGCAGGAUCCAUAUCGCAUUGACAACAUGGACACAUUCUCCAACUUACUCUAUGUCAAAAGCAUGAAGCCAGAGUUGAGUUACUUGGCCCACAACCUGGUUGAGAUCGACAAGUACAGAGUGGAGACGUGCUGUGUUAUUGGUAACUAUUAUAGUUUACGCUCUCAGCACGAGAAGGCAGCUCUGUACUUCCAGCGCGCCCUCAAACUGAACCCCCGAUGCCUCGGUGCCUGGACCCUCAUGGGCCAUGAGUACAUGGAGAUGAAGAACACUUCUGCUGCCAUCCAGGCCUACCGGCACGCCAUUGAAGUGAACAAGCGGGACUACCGUGCCUGGUACGGCCUCGGUCAGACAUACGAGAUCCUCAAGAUGCCCUUUUACUGUUUGUACUAUUAUCGAAAAGCCCACCAGCUCAGGCCCAAUGACUCGCGUAUGUUGGUCGCACUGGGGGAAAGCUACGAGAAGCUGUCGCAGCAAGUGGAAGCCAAGAAGUGUUACUGGAGAGCAUACUCUGUUGGAGAUGUAGAGAAAAUGGCUCUACUGAAGUUGGCAAAGCUCCACGAACAGCUGACUGAGUCGGAUGAUGCUGCCCAGUGUUACAUGCUUUACAUCCAAGAUAUCUUCUCUUGUGGGGAACAGCUGGAGCACGCGGAGGUGAGCACAGCCCUGCGGUACCUGGGUCAGUACUAUUUCAAGAACAAGCUCUAUGACGAGGCGUCCCUCUGCGCUCAGCGCUGUUGCGACUACAACGACGCUCGCGAGGAGGGGAAGGCGCUGUUGAGGCAGAUCUCGCAGGUCAGAGAUCAGACUGAGACGCCGUCGGCUGAUCUGUUUGCGCCGCUCUCAAACAACAACACGCCCGUCAGGAGGGUGUCGCCGCUCAACCUCAUCUCCUUUACACCCUGACACUCACGCUCAUCCACCGGCCGAUUUCUUAAUGACAUUAAAGUAACAUUUUGUUUGUAAAAUGUUCACUCCUGAUAAUUUGUCUCCAGGAAGAGAUACUGUGUAGCAUAGACAAAGUGUCAUUUUAAUAUUUCUAUCGUGGGAACUAUCCUAGAGCAAUGUUUUUUAUCAAUCCCCUGACUGAACUGCAACCCCGUAUCAAUGUGUGCAGCGGCCCCACAGUCCCUCUUCUGCAAGAAUGUGGUGUGAUGGAGGAACAGCGCCUGAGGUGGGCAGCUUCUAUCAGGGUCUCUGCAACUUGAACUGGUUUAAAAGGAAAGUCAACUGAAGGCUGGCACAUGCUUCUGCGUCGUGGCGUCAACGCACUCGUUUCAAUUCAUGGUUCUGCGCGUGUUGCAGAGCAAUUCACCUCCAGAACAGGCGGAGUAACGUUUUUGUUGACGACCUAAAGAGUCACGUCUAUUUGUUUAUCAUAGACUUGAUUGCCCCGUGCAUUGCUGCUUUUCAGCAAGGACACAUUUGUCCCGUAUUUUCCUCCACAACUUUGUGCACCUCUCGACCGGCGUUUGCGGCGAUCUCCCUCCG